AUGGAGUUGGAGUCUCAAUCAGCUUUGACUCAAGAGUUUCAAAAACUUCUAUUGAAUACAAAUUCUUCAAGUAAACGUGGACUUGAAGGCAAUAAGAAAAAUAAAACAUCGACAUCUAAUGAAAAUGGAGGUUUGAUAAUAGAGGAAGACUUAUUUCAAUUGGAUACCGAAACUUUUGAUAAGUGGGUUCCAUUAAUUAGAAAAGCUGUAGAAAGGGAUGAAUUGAAUCCAGUUGUUGAUGAACUUUACAAUUCGAUCGAUGAAAACUUUCAAGGUUUAGAAAACCAGAUCUUACAAGAAUCCCAGAUUAAUGAUAAAAUGAAAAUCUCAAUUGGCCAGAUUUCCACUAUUCAGGGGAUAAUAGAAGGUUCCUUAACAAAAGAAAUUGUUGAUCUUCAAGAACAUUUGUCCUUAUCCACAAACGAUGUUAUAAGGAAGAAACAAAUUUAUGUAAAUAAUAAGAAAACUUCAUUAAAAAUUUCAGAAACGACCAUUGUAAUAAGCAAAGUUUUAAGAAUUUUAGAAUUGGCUAAUAAUUGUCAGGAAUUGAUAGUUGAGAAAGAUUUUUUCAAAGCAUUACAAAAUUUGGAUAAUUUAGAAAAGAUAUAUUUACAAGAAUUUAAAAAUUAUAAUUUCCAAUUCUUAAAAGAACUAUAUGACUCAAUUCCAUUUUUGAAAUCAUCCAUUAAAGAUGAAUGUAUUAAUUUGAUUAGAAACUCAUUCAAUUUGAAUUUAGGGAAAAAUUUAUCUAAAGUGGGCGAUAGUUUCUUUAAAGUUUACAGAUACGAAUUAUUGCCAAAAUGGUUAGAAACGAGAGAUAGUAUGAAAUUGGGUAAUUUUAAUUUUAACUCUCCUAUAGAAAUUUCUUUGAGAGAACAAUCUACAUUAGAGAAGUUAGAUUUGAGAUUAUUUUUUCAUCUGGACGAGUUCCACGAUUCGAUUUUGAUUUUUAAAAGUUUAGAUAAGUUAGAUUAUCUAUUUACAGAGCUAACAAACGAGUAUGCCUUCCGUAAAAACAAGAUAAUUUAUCCGCUAAGUUGGAAGAAGUCUCCACAUAGUAUAGCAGCCGAUCCAUUGAACAAUAAUCCUAUUAAUGAUGAAUUUUCCCAACAAAUAUCUGUUGAAUUUCUAAAAGAAUAUUUUUUGAAAAUUUUAGGAUUUUUAUUGUAUGAUAUUAAUUUGAACAGAGAAACUGAUUACAUUAUUGUCAACAAUAAUCUAAAUGCAACAAAUGAAUUCUGGGAUGGUUUAAUGCAUAGAUUAAUUCCAUAUUUAAAACAAUUCAUUAAUCACAAUUUAAAUACCGAUGAAGAAUUAGUUGAGUUUAAAGAUUUCAUGUGUAUUUACAUUUCAAUCCUAGAGAACUAUGCCUUGAAUACCGAACCAUUAUACAAUUGUCUAGUUUCAGUAUUUGAAAAAUACUGUCACUUAGCUGUCGAGUCGUUUAGAAGUGAAUUUGAAAUUCUAUUGAACGAUGAUGAUUUUAUGCCAUUAACAAUUCAGGAUCGCUCAUUAUAUGAGAAGGUUAUCAAGAUAUGUUGGAUGAAAGAGGAUGAUGAAGUACUAAGUGAUAACCAAAAUUUGAGCGAAUUCUCUGUAACAUUACCCUUUUCCCCAUUAUACCCAAUGACAUGUACUUUGAUUAAAAAAACCUAUUCAAAAUUAACUGCAUUUAUCUCCAAUCAUUUUCGCCAUGAAUUACACAGAUUAAAUUCUAUAUUGGUGAAAACGGUUGAUUCGCUAUUCAAUAAUGUCGUGAAUCAAAAAAUACGCGAUAAACUUGAUACCACAUCUAGGGAGGAGAUUGCACAAAUUUUAAUCAAUUUAGAUUAUUUUAUCAUUGCAGCCAAUGAAUUUAGUAAGUUAAUGGCGAGAGAAAAUAUAAUGCAAAAUCCAGAUAUUGAAAUCAGACUAUCAUCUAUCAAACAAUAUGAGGAUAGUAGGAAAUAUGCUGAAAGCAAAUUGAUAACCCUGAUAGAUACAAAGAUUUCUGAUAUUUUGGAAACCGUAUCCUUAGAUUGGGAAUCAAAUGAUCUAAGGGACGACCCUGAUUUUUCAAUUGUAGAUAUAGCACAGUUCUUAGAAAUGAUGUUUUCAUCAACUCUAAUGAAUCUUCCAUAUAGCGUUCAAACACUAUUAAUUUUCAGGGAAUUCGAUUCUUUAACAACAAAAUUCCUAGAAAUGUUACUAAAUGAAACACCUGACCAUAUAACAAAAGAGAGUGUAAUGAACUUUGAGGUUGACAUGAAUUACUUGAAAAGAAUAAUCCCAAGGAUAUUUCCAAGUGAGGAUGAAGAUUAUGAAGAUAGCUUACACCCUCCUCAAACACCAGUCUCUCAAACAAAUUUUUCGUCCCCAUCUUCCUCAUUAAUUGAAAAUAAUAUCAAAUCAUUGGAAGCAACAUUUACUGAUUUAAAUCAAUGUAUUGAUUUAUUAAAAUCUGGUAGUUUUGAAGAAUAUUCUGAUCCAGAAAUAAGAAUGAGAAAAUAUGCCCGUAUUAGACCUGAAGAUGCUACUCAAUUGUUGAAGAAAGUACAAGCACCUCCACCAAUCAUCAGUUCUCCAAAUACGAGCAGCAGUUCACAUGGAAGUUCUAGUCCUAGAGAAGCUUUGAAUGGUCGUAGAAUUGCAAAGUUUUUCAAUCGAACAUAA